AUGCUUGUAUUUCGAUGGUGCGUCACGCCAGCCCCAGGCCUGAUAUGGAGCCUGCACCAAUGCGCCACUGGCCUGGUUACAGGUAAUAGCUCUUCCCCUGGAGAGUAACUUUAUGUGCUUCAUUCUGUCUCUUGUAUAUCUCUUCUGAGAUGCACUUCAUAGGUGUGGGUAUUGUGAUUGGUGUAUUCCUCUACUGGCUCUUAGUCCAGGAGGGUCCAAUGUUUGAGUGAUGAUGAGAGAUACGUUGCCCAAUGUAGGGUUCCGUGGACUCUUGCUUUGUCUCUGUUGACCCCUCGCUCAGAGGUGGGCAUAGUAUAGCUUCUGGGAAGCUCACCUCUACAACACUGCCUUUCAAAAAGAUGUUGGAAUCGGGUCAGAGUAUCCCCUUGUUGUAGGUUAGGUGUAGCUCCAUUGUAGCUUUAAUGGGCAGAUCAGUCCCUUAAUGACAUUAUUGAGGUUAUUGGCAGCCUCCACAGUGAGGACUGGGAAUGGUGUGAUGGUUCAAUUUUGGUGUCAUAUGCUCCACCCUGGUACGAGCUUCAGCUGCCUCCACCGGUACAGGCGAUCAGGUCCAAGGUACAGAUGCAUGAACGAUAGAUGAGCAGACAAAUCUCAGUAAGUGUUGAAGUACCACAGCAAUUCCAGAAGCCAGGGUUCUCAACUAGGCUGAAAAUGUGCAUAAAAAGCCAGGCACGGAGGAUUUCUAAAGAAAAGUGUCUGCUCAGCUUGGCAGUCGUGCCCCGCUUCUGAAACAGGUUAUAAGUUGGCAUUGCCUGAAUUUUUUUUGCAAAUAUUGAAGGAAUUUACAUAUUUAUUUUCCAUUUUAUGCAUACCACUUUACAAGUAAUCCUACGAGAAAAUAUAAAGUAGCCAUUUAGAUAGCUUACUUUGUAAAUGUGCCAACUCUGACAGUUAAACCCUCAGUGUUGCAGAUUAUAUAAUCUUGGGUCUUGACCUUUCAUCAAUUCACGGUUAAAAAAAAGGAGUACCCUUAGACAGAUACUAACAACAUUUAUGCCUUAGGACUUUUUAGAACAAGGCAAUGUAUCUUGUAUACUGGUAAAACAUUUGCAUUAUCAUAGGCUGGAAAAUUGUUAGAAUAGUGUGGCCCCACGGCUGUUGUUGGACUGAGUAUGAUGACUGUUGUGGACAAAGUAGAACUGGAGAAACAUUGUCUAAGCCAAAAAUCCAUGGGGGCUUAUUCAACAAAGAGUGAAAUGAAAAUGUAAUUUUUAAUUGAGGAAAUAAUAGACUAGAUGGAAAUGUUCUCCAUAAUGGUUAAUUUCUAGAUUCCAGAGAAUUGGGAACAAACAGGUCUUUAUGAAUCACAGAUAAAAAAAAUGGGAAUUAACACCAAUAUUUAUUGAUACUCAGCUGUAAAAUCACUACCUUUGAUAUGAAGACAACCAUAAAGUAAACAGUUUUACCAUGAAAUAGAUGCUGCGCUAAUUAAUAAUAUAUAUACAGGAGCACGGCAAUUAUUUUGUGCUACUUAUAGUAACUCUUCAAUCAUAUAAUAUGUGAACCAGCACAAAAAAGCUAAUAUCUAACAGAAUCCCUGUUAUUUAUUUCUUUGUAAAUGUGAUGAGCAUCAAAGCAGUAGGGACACCCCACAAGCAUACUGGAGAUAAUCAUUAUGAACAAUAAAUUAGAAUCAUGGCAGAUGUAGAAAUAUUACAAAAGCUUCUGUAACUUUAAUACAGAUAAAAUGCUUGAUUUUGAACUUAGUGAGAAACUCCUUCAGUUUGUUCUGCUAUCGGUCAUCUUAUUAUUGUUCAAGCAGUUCUGGUAUCUUCUAGAGUUCUUUGAUCUUUUAGUGCAUUUCACCAGGAGUGAUUUCUUACAACUUGAUUAUUUUGCGUUUUGAGAGCCCUUCCCUCCCAAUCUCCCUCCCUGUUGGAAUUUCCUCCCACCAUCCUUUGUUCUAAAACUAAGAGUAAUUCUCCCUCCCUCCUUCUUCCCUUCUCCCACCUAUCACCGGCCUGGAGCAUGUGCAUGCUCUCUGAGCCAUCACAUUGGUCCAACCAUGGGCUCCUCUAUGAGAAUUCUAUGGCCGCGCACAGCUCCUGUGAUGUCGGAGAGAGUGUGGAAAUCACCCAGCGCUGGAUUCCACGUAAGUAAAAUAUCAUUCUUCGUAGGUUAUUCUGCAAAUGGAGAGAGGGGUCACCUAAGUCAUAGUACCCAAUAAGGCACAUUACACAGAAAACCACCUCUCUAAAGGGAUGGAGUAAUUUUUUAAAGAAUAAAGCAAAGGCUCACGUGUAAAUAAUAAAAGUAAACUGUUACUAUUUUAUCCAUUAGAAAGAGCUACCGUUGGAAUUUAAAACAGAUAUCACAACAAACUGGGGCAAAUGGCAUGGCAGUGCUCUUAUUCCUUGGAGCUAUUUCCCACCUGGUGUCGACAUGAUGAAUUCGUAUGCUAUACAUGGUUCUGGUAUCGGCAGAGUCUACGAGGCCUUGUAUCCAAUACCGCCACAUGAAAUAGGUGAAGGACAGGGCCCCAACUUGUAAGUAACAAACAACUGCCUUACAUGGUCUCCUUUGUUUUAUGAAUUAGCAAAAUUAAAAAUGAAAUGUCAAAUGCUGUGUAAAUUUGUAUGAAACCUGCCACAAUAUUGUUUCUCUGAGUUGCUCAGCGGAAUUUAAAAACAUAAUCACAAUAAGCAAACAGAAUGUGCUAUUGCAAGUUUAUAGUUCCUCAUCAUCUGUCUUGUACAUUCUAUAGCUCUAGGUCUGUAAAAAAAACUGUGACAUGAAUUCACAAUAAACAAACAAACAAACAAAUGGCAUACACUGAAAAGCAAAGCUUACAUAUGUAGACUGCAAAAAUGGUCCAAGAUGUAGCUUUUGUAUUUGCACAUCACAGUGGUUUAAUCUGUUUAUCCAUCUAUUCAAUGUGUUGUCGUAUUUUUUAAUAACUACAAAUCCUGUCAAACUUGAAUAGCUAUCGAAAAUAUUUGCUUUCCACAUUGCUACAAAUGCAACUUCAUUUGUCAAAACAAUUAAAUUAAGCCUGCCAAGUCUUUAUGUACACUUGUAUAUUUCAAAUGUGCCUAUAACUGCAAACGUGUGUGUGUUUAUAUAUUGUUAACAUUCAAUUGCAGCCAUCGCUUAGAAUAUUUUAAAGAGUUCAGCCUACAGUGGAUUAUGGGAGCAGAUUGGGAACAGCCGUCAUCCAACCUCUGGGAAUCAGACCCUUGA